UGUAAAGUAGAAACGUAUAAGAUAAGGCAUACAAUUCAUCAGAAAUCUUCUGCAAGUCUAUUAAGAAAUGGUAAUGAAAAAGCUCAUUAGCAUUUAAAUCGUCUUUUUUAUCAUAAGGUCUUGGAAUUCAUAUUUCAUAUAUGAACUGUUGAUAAAAAAGAUAAUCUCUAAAAUAUAUUCAAUCCGAAAAUUUACUUGAGCCAAUUUAUCAUCUCUAACAGUUCUUAAAUUAUGCAUACCUCACAAAUACCAAAAGCUGAUAGUUGGAGUACAGUUAGUAGUGUGAGUUCACAGAGUGACGAAACUAGUUUUGCUAGCAGAAUACAUGUAAAAUUUAGGUUAGGUUCUGAAGAAGAUAGUCCUUCAGAUAUCAGCUAUUCUGAAAGAAUAAAAUGCGAAGUGGAUCAGCUGUCUCAUUCCGUAUCUCCUAAAAAACAUAGAUUCAAGGAAAAAGUAAAAGAAAUAAUAAGACAUAAAAAAUCGUCUGCUAAAGAUGAAGAAGACGAAAUUAUCAAUGCAAAAAACAUCAGAGAAGUGACAGAAAAACUAUUGCGAAAGUCAUCAGUCUACGCUGUGUCUCAAGUUGGCCAUUCAAAAUCCCCCAUUCGAAAAAUUUUGUGGGUGUUAGUGCUUAUUGCUGGACUCUUGGGCUGUAGUUAUCAGAUUUAUCGUUUCCUAUCAUUAUACUUCCAGUAUCCAGUUGUGGUUAAUCUAGAAAUAGAAAAUAAAUGGAGUUUGAGUUUUCCUGCGGUUACGUUAUGUAAUUUGAAUCGUAUGAAAAAGAAACACCAACGAUGUAUGGAAAACAACAAGUCUUUAGAAAACUGUCAAGGUGGAUAUGGAACAGCGACUGCUUCUGGAAGUUCCAUCUCAAUAUCCGAAGGGCGAGCGAUCUCAUCCUGCUCACAAUUAUUUACUGGUACUUAUGACAGUACAAGAACUGAGUUGAUGGGGUUUCUGGCAAAGUAUUCGGGUAUGAGCGAGGAAAAACGGAAAGCAUUUGGAAGUCAACCAGAAGACUUUAUACAGUCUUGUUCAUUCAAUGGUGAACUUUGCUCUGCAGCUGAUUUCAAGUCUUUCUCAAAUUUAAAAUACGGGAACUGCUUUAUGUUUAACAGGGUUAAUGAAAGUCAAGAAAAAGUGUUGAAAACUUCUGCUAUAGGAUCCAGGUCGGGCUUAGAAGUCAUACUCGACCUAGAUCUCCACGAGUAUUUACCAGUUACAUCGAGUGUUGGCUCCAGAGUCAUAAUUCAUGAUCCAAAAGAAGAUCCCACUCCAGAAGAAGACGGCAUAAAUAUAAGUCCUGGCUUCGAAACUGCUUUAUCAUUAAAACAAAGUGCUAUUAAAAGACUUCCAUAUCCCUACAGAGACAAUUGUGCUGACUAUAUGUCGCCGAAUAAUCCCUAUGGUAGCAGUGUAAGCAACUGUGUACGAUCGUGUAUUCAGAAACAAAAUUUUGCUGAGUGUGCUUGUGUGGAUCCUACGCUUGCAUAUGCUAAUGAAUAUAAACAUUGUAACAUGACCGAUAAAACUGACUCUUGUUGUCUUGAUAAUGUUCUAGAUUCGUUAGUAAGUGAAGGAUUACCUUGCGAAUGCCCACUUCCUUGUUUUUCUUUGAAUUACGACAUCCGUUCUUCAACAGCUGUUUGGCCUUCUGAAGCAGCGUAUUUCAAAUACAAAACUGGAAUAAAACAGGAAGACUUAAUACAUUUGAAUUCUUAUCGGAAAGGUCUAGCUAAACUUAAGGUAUUUUAUUCAACACUUCAGAGAUCUACCUACGAGCAAAAGCCUAUGUUUGAAGAUUCAGAACUUUUUAGCCACCUUGGUGGCGAGUUGGGAUUAUGGCUAGGACUGUCUUUAGUAGCAGUGUUUGAAUUAGUAGAAAACUUGUUAUAUUUAUGCAAGUAUUUUAUUGCUAAAUCAACAGCAUCCCGUAACCCUCAUCAAUAAAUCUUUUCGAGGGCACAGAUGAAAACAUUUCUACAUAAAUUUGAAAUAUUAUAUUUUCUAAAUGUACUCUACUUCCUUUCACAUUUGGCAUUUGAAAUCUGUGAAUCAUAAAAUCUGUUUUUUCAUUCUUAUGCUUUAUGAACGUUUUGCUUUAACUACAACGUAAAGGAAUUGUAUAUAAGGAGCGGAAGUGUUAUGCCCAUUAGGGGUUCGAAGUGGCCUUAGGCAGAAUUCUUCAAAUAUAUUUCCUAAUUUUUUUAUGUAAGAAAUAUCUUUAUCGAAGUCCUUUCAAAACUUUUGCGCCAUGCUACCACAUCAUUCAUUAUCUUUUGAAAGUGUUGCAAAUGCAUGAAAUAUAUAGUGUUUGAUUUUUCCUGAACACAGGAUCACGGAGGCUGUCUUAAAGCGUACCUGUUCACUAAACAUAAGAUUUCAAAAUUAUAUUUAAAAUUUAACUAAUUUAUGAUUAAUUAACAGGUGAGUGAUUUUAAAAUAACAAAUGUAUGUCUUAAUAUGUUAUAUCUUUUUUAUGGUGUAAUUAGAUUCAGAUUUAAAUAUAUUUAAUGUGUAAUAUGUUCAACUGUUAGGUUUUAUGAUCUUUUCAGGAUUACUUUAAUUCGUGAAAGAUGCUUCUAAUGCCAUAUAUUACGUACAUGUGCAAAAUUGUUUGGAUUAAAAUUUUUUUAGUAAUCCUUUUAGUAGAGUUCAGUAUAAAAUUUGUACAUUGAAUUUUAAGAAGUGUAAGAAUGAAUUUCAGAAAUAUUGUCAAUUUGGUAAUAAUCGCAAAAAAAAUCUACAAGACAAAUUAGAAACUUUAAAUUCAUUAUAAGCUUGCUGAAUUUAUUAUGAAAUUGCAGAAUAAUUUUCAUUAUUUUUAAGAUAAUGACCUAUAUUUAAGGAACCUUUUUGAUAAACUGUAUUGCUAGCGUUGUUUUUAUCUUACCAAUAUGUUGCUGCUUAAAAUGUGAAGCAGGUAUUAUAAUAAUAGAAAAUGUAUAAUGAAAGUAAAACCAACGAAAUUGUUUUUUCCAAUUUGCAUUUCAUUGUAUAAUAUUCAGAUAGAUUAUCAUUGAAAAAUACACACGGAAGAUAUAUUUUGAAAAAGAAUGUAUAUAUUAACAUGUAUAUUAUUUAGUUCAUAGAUCUGAGUGAUUCUACUUACAUUAUGGUGAUUCAUUCUUUCGUGUUAUUUAAGACACAUGUCCUAGCCAUUCUGAAGACAAAAUUAAAAUUCAGAUUUAGAAUGAUAAAA